CCUGUCCUUUCCAGGGGAAGAACAAACAAGCCGCAGGGGGCCAUGGGAAGUCGCACUGACUGACAGCCGGCAGGCACCAGGUUACAACCGGUGUAUCCGGUAUCUCCAGCUACUUAUAGCCGUCCCAGAGCGGAGCCGCCGGCUAUAGAAGCCAUGGGACCCGAGGAGGAGGCGCAGAGUGCAGGAGCCGGGAGCAUGGCGGACCCCAUCCAGCUGGAGCAAUGCCGGCAGCGGGCGGCGGACACCAUCCAGCUGGAGGCCGAGCAGCUCAGCGCCCUGAGCCGGGAUAUCUGGAGCCAGCCGGAGCUGGCCUACAAGGAGCACCGAGCACACGAGCGGCUAGCCGGCUUCUUCUCGUCCCGGGAGGGCUGGCGGGUGGAGCGCCGGUACAAGCUGGACACCGCAUUCCGGGCGGAGUGGGGGGCCGCGGCUCCCGCCGUGCAUGUCGGCUUCCUGUGCGAGUAUGACGCCCUGCCCGGCUUGGGACAUGCCUGCGGGCACAACCUCAUCGCCGAGGUGGGAGCCGCCGCUGCCCUGGGCGUGAAAGGAGCUCUGGAAGACUUACAGCCCCCGGUGGGCGUCAAGAUAACAGUUUUAGGAACUCCAGCCGAGGAAGAGGGUGGAGGCAAAAUUGAUCUCAUUCAGGCUGGUGCAUUUGAUGGAAUGCAUGUCGUGUUUAUGGCCCAUCCAGGUCAGGAAGAUGCAGCUUACCUGCCAGACGUUGCUGUACAUGACAUGCUGGUGAAAUAUCAAGGAAAAUCUUCUCACGCUGCUGCAUAUCCAUGGGAAGGAGUGAAUGCUCUAGAUGCCGCAGUUCUUGCUUACAACAAUGUGUCUGCCUUAAGGCAACAAAUGAAACCCACCUGGAGAGUUCAUGGAGUAAUAACGAAUGGAGGUGUAAAACCGAAUAUUAUUCCUUCAUAUUCUGAAUUAGAAUUUUCCGUGCGAGCCUCAACCCGCAGGGAUCUUGUCAUUUUACAAGACAAAAUAAAUGCUUGUUUCAAAGCAGCAGCUGAUGCAACUGGGUGCCGGAUGGAGUUGAGCCCGAUCAGCCAUACUUAUUACAAUGUGCUUCCAAAUAAAACUCUAGCAAAAACAUUUCUGGACAAUGGCAAAAAACUGGGAAUGCAAUUCACUACAAAUGAGCUGGUUUUAAACAAUGUUUCAGGUUCCACAGAUUUUGGAAAUGUCAGUUUUGUGGUGCCUGGAAUUCAUCCCUAUUUUUACAUUGGCUCUGAAGCUCUUAAUCACACAGAAGCAUACACUGAAGCUGCAGGAUCAAAAGAAGCUCAGUUUUAUGCACUUCGUACAGCGAAAGCCUUGGCGAUGACUGCAUUAGAUGUUAUAUUCAAACCGGAUUUGCUACAAAUCAUCAAUGAAGACUUCAAGAUGAUGAAGCAAAUUGAAGAUGAUGAUUCCAAUGUAUUAGCUAAAGUCAGAGAAUCCAGUGGUGGAGCUGGAAGUGCCUCUCGCUGAACAAUGUCACAGAAUUUUUAUCUGUGUUCAUAAGCUAUACAGUGCUCCAAGUACUUGGGGACUCUUUCUUGUUUUAUUAUAUCCUUCACAGAAUCUAGUUCGGACAUGAACAAAAAAAUGGAAUUCCCAUUUUACUUGCUUUAUGCUUAUCAAAAUUGGCUAUUAUCAAAUGUUGUUCUGAUUUUAGUGUUCUUUGCAUACAAGAUUUUCUUUUGAUAACUGGAUACAUUUUAGUACAUCUGACUAACUUUUAAUCUUUGUUUUGAAAUUGUCAUGA